CACGCCGUCAAAGCUCGACAUAUACAAACGCACAGACCGAGCUCAUUCAAUGCCUUCCUAAAUGCAAGAACGAACUAUCGUCUAUACGGACAGACUGACGCAGAUUUAUGGGUUCAGUCGACAGUUCCCGCUCCUGACGUGAAUGACCGUGAGACCCUCCUAACACUGGCUAAAAUGACCAACAAUGCAUACUACGAACCCACUGAGAAAUCUUGGUACUCUCUCGACUCGUAUUGGGGAAACGAUAGCUUUCCGUUUGGCUGGGAACCAGACGCAGACGGGUUUAGAGGGUACAUAUUCGCCUCUGAAGAUAACUCUACUGUCGUCCUUUCCAUCAAGGGUACCUCGGGAGGUUGGAUUGUUGGCGGUGGUGGUCCAACUGUGAAGAAAGACAAGAUCAACGACAAUCUUCUCUUCUCAUGCUGCUGCGCACGGGUGGGUCCAACUUGGUCGCCUGUUUGCGGUUGCUAUUCUGGUGGAUACAAAUGCGACCAAAGUUGUGUUGAGACUGCUUUAACUGACGAAAGUCUAUUCUACAACGUUGCAAUUAAUCUAUACAAUAAUGUUACUUAUCUAUAUCCAAAUGCUGAUAUCUGGGUUACCGGUCACUCGCUCGGUGGUGCACUCGCUUCGUUAACCGGUGCGACUUUCGGUGUGCCUGUCGUCGCGUUUGAGGCUCCAGCAGAGAAGCUCGCUGCAACAAGACUUCAUCUCCCUUCACCUCCUUCGACGCUCCAUAUCACUCACGUUUAUCAUACGGCAGACCCAAUAGCCAUGGGCGUAUGCAACGGCGUAACUUCAUUCUGUGCGAUCGGAGGGUACGCUAUGGAGACCAAGUGUCAUAUGGGCAAAGUCAUCAAAUACGACACUGUAACGAAACUCAACUGGGCAGUUGACAUACGCACACAUUCGAUCAACCGAGUUAUCGAAGAGGUACUUGCAAACGAUUGGGAGGAGCCGAGUGAAGGAAAGUCCGGGAGGCAGGUACCUGAGGCUGGUGAUGAAGAUGAUUGUGUUGAUUGCUUUAAUUGGGAAUUUGGGGACUUC